AUGCCUUUUCUGCCGUGCUUGAAAAAAAAGAAGGCGCCUGUGCCUUUAGGCAGGAGUAUCUUUCAAAAACACACCCCACCCAACCAGCAGAACUACCAGGCCUUGCUGGAGAUGUGCUUGAAGAACAAACACCUGUUCACAGAUGACAACUUCCCUGCUCACAUCAGCUCUAUUGGAACGGGAACACUGCUAAAGAAACUGCCUCGAAAUUUACAGUGGAAGAGGCCACACGCUUUGCACAGAAAUCCAGUAUUUUAUGCUGCAAACAGAAAGCAACUUGAUCUGUGCCAAGGAUUGGUGGAGAACUGCUGGUUCCUGGCAGCCCUGGAAGCCCUGACGUUCCACCAGGACAUCUUGGCUGUAGUUGUUCCACAAAACCAGAGCUUUGAGAGGAAAUAUGCUGGCAUUUUCCACUUCCGGUUCUGGCACUUUGGUGAAUGGGUUGACGUGGUGGUUGAUGAUCGCCUGCCGGUGAAUGAGUCGGGGGACCUGGUCUUUGUUUCCUCAGUCUAUAAGAAUGUGUUCUGGGGAGCCCUUCUGGAGAAAGCAUAUGCUAAACUCUACGGCUCCUAUGAAGACCUGCAGAUUGGGCAAGUUUCAGAAGCCUUGGUGGAUUUUACAGGUGGUGUUAAUACAAGGAUCAAGCUUGCAGCAGCUCCUCCUGAUCUGUGGGAUAUCCUGACAAGAGCUACCUACAGCAGAUCUCUCAUGGGCUGUCAGACACAUUUAGGGGCAACAAAGGUCCUGAAGAAUGGGCUUGUUGCUGGCCAUGCCUACACAGUAACUGGUAUUAGAAAGGUGACCUGUCAAAAUGGACCAGAAAAUCUAGUGAGACUGAGAAAUCCGUGGGGAAAAAUUGAAUGGAAAGGAGACUGGAGUGACAGUUCUUACAAAUGGGAGCUGCUGAGCCCGAAGGAGAAGAUUUUGCUGAGGAAAAAUAAGGACGAUGGAGAAUUCUGGAUGUCACUGCGAGAUUUUAAGAUUCAUUUUGUAGACCUGAUGAUCUGUAAAUUAACUCCAGACCUAAUGAGCCAGGAAGAUGGGAAGAAAUGGAUGUACUCCCUGAAGAGUGGGAGAUGGGUUAAAGGAAGUACAGCAGGAGGAAGUCUGGGAUCCUGCAAUGGUAUAUUUUGGAUGAACCCCCAGUACUGGCUGAACGUUUUACCAGUUGAAGACAGUAAGAAAAGCCUGGGUUCCUGCAAUGUGGUUAUAUCCCUGAUGCAGAAACACAGCAGCAAACACCGGAACCGAGCUCCUCACCUCUUCAUUGGGUUUUCACUCUACAAGGUGCAAAAAAUUUACCAGGAAAGCAACAGAAAGCUGCCCCCAGCUUUCUUCACCCGGCAUCAGCCUGUGAACAAGCACCAGGUCUUCCUCGAUGAGCGGGAAGUGACUCAGGACUUCCACCUGGAGCCUGGUGUCUAUGUGAUUGUCCCAUCCACCUUGGAGCCUAAGCAGGAGUCUGAAUUCAUCCUGCGGGUUUUCUCCAGGAAGCACAUUCUUCGGGAAAUGGGUGGGAACACCAGUUUCACCCUCUCCAAGGAAAUUGUUGAUAAGUAUGAAGGCAAGAUUUGGGAGGAUUUCUUCACAAAGCAUUUUGAACAGAAUCCUGAAAUAAAUGCUGUUCAGCUCCAGAGGAUCCUGAAUAAUAUAUCUUGGAGAAAUUUCCAGAGUUUUCGCCUGAGCUUCAGUCUGGAUGCCUGCCAGGGUAUCUUGGCACUCCUGGAUCUGAACGCCACUGGCACACUGAGUAUUCAGGAAUUCAGAGUCUUGUGGAAAAGGCUGCUUUUCUAUCUGGAAGUUUUCCAGAAAAGAGACACUAGCAGAUCAGGAAAGCUUGACCUUGUGGAACUGCAUGCAGCUGUACAGGAGACAGGCAUUUCACUCAGCAAUGAAGUCUGUAACUUGAUGGCAAUCAGAUAUGGUGACCCUGACUUAAAGAUCAGCUUUGAGAGCUUUGUGUGUUUCAUGCUUCGAGUGGAGAUCAUGGGAGAGGCUUUUCGCAACUUAACGCAAGAUGGCAAAGGGAUAUAUCUGCGGGAAUCUGAGUGGAUGAUGAUGACACUGUACUCCUGAAGCAAUGUUGUAGAGGAGAAGACAGCUAGGCCU